CCAGCACAGCUUAUUAUGGCCUCCCCGCGCCUCGGGACCUAUUGCUGCCCCACGCGGGACGCCGCCACGCAGCUUGUGUUAAGCUUCCAGCCGCGCGCGUUCCACGCGCUGUGCCUGGGCAGCGGGGCCCUCCGCCUGGUGCUCGGCCUCCUGCAGCUGCUGCCGGGGCGCCGGCGCGCGGGCUCCGGGGCGACCUCGACACCCCCGCCCGCUUCUGCCCGCGCCCCGGCAUCCACCCGAAUCCUGCGCGUCGCCGCCGCCUGCGACGUGCUCGGCUGCCUGGGCAUCGUCGCGCGGUCUGCGGUGUGGUUGGGAUUCCCUGAUUUCGUGGCAAACAUCUCCAGAGAAAACGCAACCGGGACAGACAUUUGGCCGGCGGCCUUCUGCGUGGGGAGCGCCGUGUGGAUCCAGGGGCUCUACAGCGCCUGCUUCUGGUGGCUGUUCUGCUACGCCGUGGACGCCUACCUGGUGAUCCGGCGGUCGUCGGGGCUGAGCAUCAUCGUGCUGUACCACAUCCUGGCCUGGGGGCUGGCCGCCCUGCUCUGCGCCGAGGGGCUGCUCAUGCUCUACCACCCGUCCCUGUCCAGGUGUGAGAGGGACCUGGAGCAUGCCAUCCCCCACUACGUCACCACGUACCUGCCCCUGCUGCUCGUGCUGGUGGCCAACCCCAUCCUGUUCCGGAAGACGGUGACGGCAGUGGCCUCUUUACUGAAAGGAAGACGAGGCAUUUACACAGAGAAGGAGAGACGGAUGGCCGCCAUGAUCAAGAUCCGCUUUUUCAAGAUCAUGCUGGUUUUCAUAUCUUGCUGGUUGUCGAACAUCAUCAACGAAAGCCUUUUAUUCUACCUUGAGAUGCAACCAGAUAUCAAUGGCGGCUCCUUGAAAUACGUCAGAAAUGCAGCCAAGACGACAUGGUUUAUUAUGAGCAUGCUGAACCCGGCCCAGGGGUUUCUCUUGUCUCUGGCCUUCUACGGCUGGACCGGCUGCAGCCUGGCCUGGCGGUCUCGCAGGAAGGAGGUCCAGUGGGAGCCCAUGAUACCCUCGACCACGGAGCAGCCGUUCCCCACCCACGAGGGCUCCUGCGUGCGUCGUGACAACCCCGCUCCCAGGAAGGUGGCGCGUGUGAACGGGCACACUUCCGACGAGGCCCCGAGUAUGCUGUCUGAAGGUUCCGACACCAGCACCAUCGAAAUCCAUAUUGCAAGCGGGUCCCGCCACAUGAACGAAGCUGAAUCUGUCCCCAAAAUCCAGGGAGACCUGUGAGAGGGAUGUGGCAGGGUGCCAACCCCAUAUCCUCCACUCUACACUUCUCAUUCUUUAGAAUUGUGUUUUCACUUUCUGAUCUCUGCUCUCUUGCCACUACAUUAGAGUGUGUCCCCAAUGACCCAUGUGCUAAGAGAAAGGACCCAUGAGCAUGCACUUGGGAAUGGGAGAAUCCCUUCUAGGCCAGCGAUUUUCAACCGUG